AUGACACCUUCACACUUCAACUCUCGCUCUCACCACCACCACCCCUUCAUCCUUGUGCAGGGAAUGUUGAUCAGAGUCUGCUUUAUUAUUAUUAUGCAGUCCUCUAUCCUAGUCUUAUCCCAGCCUCCGUCUUGCUCCGUAAACUCCGUCUGCUCUAACCCUUGUUCACUCAUUUCACUCGACUCCUGCCACCUCAUCUGUCCUACUCGAGGCGUUAUUCGCCCUCCCUGCGUCUGGGUGACUAAUUCUCUGGGGCAUCCAUUACUUAGACAAAUCCGUGUCAGUUUGUCCAACUCCUCGUCCCAGAACUCUUUGUCCGCUAGUCGUAAGCUUCUGAUGAUCAAACUCGUCAGUAUUCCGAUUUUCAGUCUGUAG